AUGAAAGCCAUACAUAGUGCACAUGGUGUUUGGGAGAGUGUUGAGAAUGGCUACACCGUGCCGGAGAAUGAAGAAGCUUUCAAUCAAAAUGAGAGGAAUGAUUUAGAGAAGCUACGCAAGAAAGAUCAAUGUGCUCUUACAAUAUUCCAUCAAGGUUUAGAUGAUGAUAUGUUCGAGAACAUUGCAAAUGAAACCACCUCGAAGGGAGCUUGGGAGAAGCUUCAAAGAUCCGUCAUGGGAAUUGAUAAAGUAAAGAAACGUUUGACUCCAACUUUAAGGGACGAAUUUGAAACACUUUUGAUGAAAGAAGUGACGAAUCAAAUAAAACGGCUUGAAGAAGCCGUGAUGGAUGUUCGAGUGAUAGAUAAGAUACUUCACUCUCUCACAAAAAAAUUCUGGCAUGUGGUGGUUGCAAUCAAAGAAUUGAAGGACUUGGAGGCCAUGACCAUUGAUGAGUUGAAUGAUUCAUUGCGGGAACAUGAAGAAAGGAUGAAUCAUGAUGAUGAUGUGGAGCAAGGAAGAAAUCAAUGGUAUGAGCGAGAUCAUGGCCAAGAAGAGCAAACACAAAAGGCUCAACCUAACUACAAAGGUCGAGGAUAA